GGGGAAUAGGAGAAGAGGAAGACAGAGAGCGUGCGCAGCGCACGACAGCGUCGGCGGCGCGUGGGGGUAGGGGAGACGAAGGGAGCGGGGAUCGUUCGGAGGAAGCGACACCCGUAGCUCCGCUUUACCGCCGCAUUCUCGAGCGUUCGUCUCCGUUCGUCUCCUCGUCGUCAUCGGCGUAGUAGUAGCAGCGGCAGCAGAAGCAGAAGCAGAAGAAGCACCAGCAGCAGCACGCCACUACUACCACCGAAGCAGGAGUAGUAGUAGUAGUAGUAGUAGUAGUGCCCAGUAUACAGAAGCACCAGGCAACACAGCAAUCGGUGUGCGAUCGCGGUCUACGCACGUACUCGCCGCCCGCGCCCGCGCGCGCGCGCUCGCUCGCUCGCUCGCUCGCUCGCUACAAGCUCGUUGUUACAACCACGUAUUGCUCUUCGUUGGUUUUUUGUGUUUUCAUUGUUCUCUCUCUCUCUCUCUCUUUCUCUCUUACCCCCCCUCGCGCGUUUCUUCUUUUGCUAUUUUUUUUUGUUUUUUUUUUUUUCUUUCAUUUCCUCCCCGAGCGGAAGAUCACGCUUCUUCUUCUGCUUUGCGAGAUCGUAUCGUCGUUAUCUCCUCUCCCCCCCCGCUCUGUUCCGCCAUUAAUUUUUGGCGGUUUGUGUGUUCGUGAAAGAAAGACGAAAAAAGAAACGACUCUUCCCCGUGUCUACUGGUUUCGAUCGUAAUUUUUUUUUUUCUUACUUACUGUCGGCAACCGAGCAGUGUCCGUCGCGUUCACCGUGCCACCGAUCCACCACCACGGCUAGUGAUCCACGCUCGAAAGGAGAAGGGAACAAAGAGAGCAGCCAGGAGAAAAGGAAAGAGAAAGAUAUAGAGAAAGAGAAGAGAGAGAGAGAGAGAAAGAAAGAGAAAAAGAGAGAGAGAGAGAGGAAGAUCGAGCCGUUCGGAGUGGGAGGGAGAGAGAUCGAAGUGACGUUUCCGUGGGAGUUCCUUCUCGAACAGAGGUGGAAUCCUUUCGCGAGUGCGUAGUGCGCGCGUAAAGAGGGUUCUUCGUGUUUGCUGCUCCCUCCGUUCUAACGUAUAGAACGGGUCAUGCUCUAGAUACGGUUUUCUGCGAGUUACUUGCUCGACGCGUUAAUAAAAAUAUCGUAUCCGACCCGAGUUCGUCGACAGCUCGAGGAAACCUAAGAAGACUCGUAUCGAUAGAAGAGGGACAGAGAAAGAGAUCGAAAGAAAGAAAGAAGGAGCGAGAGGAAGAGAGAGAGAGAGAGAGAGAGAGAGAGAGAGACGGAGGAGUGAAAGGGAAAGCGAAAAGUGGAUGUGAGUAGUGAUAGGAAGAAUAAAAGGAGGGGGAGGAGUGUAUUGUGCGUGUGUGUCUCUCUCGCUCGCUCGAUCGCUCUGGCACGAGUUUUCGAUAUCGCCGGAAAUAUCGAAAGCUCGUCAAAAUGAUGGGAAAGAGAACGCAGUGUUACUUGUGCGACCUACCCAGAAUGCCCUGGGCAAUGAUCAUGGACUUUUCCGAGCCGGUAUGCCGUGGAUGCGUGAAUUACGAGGGAGCCGACCGAAUAGAUCUCGUAUUGGAGUCGGCCAAACAGUUGAAGAAGGCUCAUGGUUUUCAAGAUGCCAGGCCGUCCGCGUCUAAGGGUUACAGAUCGGCCGGUCAUACGGAACACAAUGGUGGCCCGAAUUUGGACGUUCUACCGAUACAGAACGCCGGUCAAACGCAUUCGAGGCAUCACAACAUUGCCGCCAGUUACUCCCAAUUGCAUCACAGGAACUCUAUAACCGAAUUCAAUUCCGGUACUACGAGACAACAAAUAUCGAGACAACACGAGGACGGUCACGAUCUUGGUAAUGGAUUGAGAGGGAACAACGUUAGAAUUCCUAACGCCCACCUCGCCGCUGUCGCCCAUCACGUGAGCCUAGGUCAUAACAGAGGUAUGUCGCAAUUGAAACGCGGCAUAUCGGCGAUUGACGAGGACGAACACACGGAGAAAAGGCUAUCGUUGGAGGAUCAACAUCCGGUAAGGCCGCCUCUAACGAGGGGCGACUCUUUGCCCGCCGUCAGUCUGGCCGUUAGCUACGUUCACGAUAGAAACAAGGAGAAACACCCUGUUAGGGCGCCGAGCUUCGAAACCGCGACCACGUUCAAGGCCAAUGUUGCUUACGUUGGCUCGUCCAUUCCGUUGGCACCUGCAAACGUAGCGGCAAAUGGCGGAGGAUCUCCUCUUCGUCCUAGAACGAGUCCUCCGCCGCCACCUCCACCAACGCAAGAAAGUCCUAACGAUAACCCACAGAAUAAUCAUCAUCAGGGAUCGACGAACGGACCUUCACCGAUGGCCGCCUUGAUGUCUGUUGCCGACAAUCUGACGUCUCCAGAACCCGUACCCCAGCCACCAAACAAUCCAAGUCCUACGAGCAGAAGCCCACCAACUACAGCCACCAACGUUCAACAACGUAGCGCUUCCAGAGGUUCUCAACACAGUCCUAAUGGUUCAGUCAAUUUUCUCUCAGGAACGUCGGGCAGAAGAUCUAGCUGUUCCAGGCACGUAUCUUCGACGACGGUAACGACGUCGUCUGAAGGUGCAGUGGCACAAUCAGCAGGUGCCGAGCCUGUAUCAGCGCCAACCUUAAAAUGCACUCUUUGUCAAGAACGUCUCGAGGACACACACUUUGUUCAAUGUCCAAGCGUUCCCCAUCACAAAUUUUGUUUCCCUUGCAGUCGAGAUAGCAUAAAGAGACAGGGUGCUGGUUCUGAGGUUUACUGUCCGAGUGGAGAGAAGUGUCCGUUGGCAAAUAGCCAAGUACCGUGGGCGUUUAUGCAAGGAGAGAUAGCGACCAUUCUUGGUGAAGAUACUACUGGUUCAGGGCUUAAGGUCAAGAAGGAAAGGGAAACUUAAAGAGAGUUUCGAGAAUUUUGACCGUGGCUCCAAUUUUUCGCCCUCCCAUUAAAAAGGAGGGUGUUAAUGGUGAAACCGUGAAGGUUCACCGAAUACUUUUGGUAACGGUGUUUAAACGUUGGUUAAAUAUGCGAACCAACAAAAAAACGACUAGAGCCAAAGACGCAUUGUCGAUGUUGUACGAAUUGGGUUCCCAUGAAAAGCAGCAUUACGUUGUUUGUCAGGGAAAGUGGACGAUUUGACGUUUACUAUAUUGUUUAUCUAUCUCUCUCUCUUUUUUUUUUUUCUUUUUUUCUACCACUGUAUAAGGUAUUGUGAUCGAUCGAUCGAUCGUUCGUUCGUUCGUUCGUUCGUUCGGUUCAUUCGUUUGGUAUUUGAAGAAAUUGGUCUUGAGAAGAAGUCUUUGGCAAAUUGUACGCUGGCGUCGGUUCUGUGCACACAUACAAAGAUAUCCAUACAAAUGAAACAUACGCAGACACACAUACAUAUAUACACAUACAGAUACGUGCAACGCAGACGUGUAUAUAUACGAAUAUUAUGGAGAUAGCAGAUAUCGCGCCCCGGGCCAUAAGUGAAUUUUUUUAGUUGUAUCUCUCUCUCUCUCUCUCUCACUCUCACUCUCUCUCCUCCUCUGUUUCUCUCUAUCUCUGUCUUUCUUCAUUCGAAAUCUACAAGAAGUUGUGUCGUUUGCCCAGCGCGAUGGGAGGAAGGAGCGAGCUAAUUCCUGCUCAUAUAUAUUAUAUUUGUAUUUGUAUUUUGGCUGACAAUUGCCUGCCUUUUUAAUUGUCGUUUCCUGUGUUAAAUGCCUUUUUCAUUGUGUACGCGUUUAAGUAACGCGUACGAAAGGUAUACACAUAAACACAUACACGCAUACGAACACAUCCACCUACAGGAUGCGCAUGAGUAUUAUACGACUUUCUAUUAAGAAAAAAAAAAAGAAAACAGAAAAAAAAAGAAAAAAAAAUAACGAAAAAGAUCGUAUAAGCAUAUAUAUAUAUAUAUACACACAUAUAUAUAUACACAUACAUACAUACAUACGUACAUAUAUAUAUAUAUGUAUGUUUGUUGCGUUCGAUUCUUAAAACACACCACGUUGAAAAAAAAGUGGAAUACGUACAAAAUUUUGGUUGGUCCGUUCGUAAUAUAAAAAACUCGAACGAUUUAUCGAAUUUUUUCUUUGAUAUAAUAUUUCUACUUUUUGCUCGUAAUCAAACUAUAUGUUGUCGUGAAUACAAUUUUUGGGCCAACGAGCGUGGGAUUUCUUGUAUAUUAUGUAAAUGUGUGUGUGUAUAUAUGUAUAUAUAUAUACACACAUAUAGUAUAUAUAUAUAUAUACUAAGUUAUUAGUAAAGAAAAAAAUCACGUACGACUAAAGGAGUACCACCCGUUCUUAUGUGUACAAACAAACAAAAACUAACUUGCAUUCGUUUGCAUUCGAUAUGUUAUUAUACUAAAUUAUUUUGUUUUUUCUCUCUCUCU